UUUUUUUUUUUAAUUUUCUUUUCCUCUUUCUUUUUCUUUCCUGGAUUUUCAUCAGUUAAAACAAAGAAUAUAAUAAUCAACAAGGAUUCUUAUAUUCUCUUUCUUUUUUUCUUUUCUUCUUCCUUCUUUCCCCCUUUUUUUUUCUUUCAUACAAACUUUAAAAAAUUAUGGAUAACGAAGAGUUCAUGUUACAAUAUAUGAGCGUCAAUUUAAGUGAUGGUAGUUCUAAUGAACUUUUUGACAAGGAUAGUUUAUCUAAUCUUUUGCAACAACAAUACAAUCAAGCCUCUUCUUCUUCUUCUUCAUCAGGGCCUGUUCUGAAUAACUUACCUCCUUCUCCUACUUCCUCUAUCGAUUCUGCUCAUAGUCCUGACUUACACGUACUGGAUCCUCAAUUCCUUCAAAAUCUGUCAAACACCGCUCUAGUAGGUUCUCAAGAUAAUCUGGAUCAAUUUGUUCAAUUUGAGGAGGAGGAAGAGGAGGAAGAGGAAGAAGUGGAAAGAAAAGAGGAUGAAGAUGAACAAAACAGAGUUCAAGAAGGAGAAAGAGAAGGAGAAGAUGGAAAUGAUGAAGAAGAAGAUGGAAAAAGGCAAAAAGUUGAUAUGAUCCAGGAUUUGAAAAAGAAAUUGGAAAUGAAAAGGAAAAGCAAUAUCUCUAAAUCAAACAAGCCUAAUCGUACCUCACGUCAAAUUGAGUGUUAUAAUUGUCAUGUUACCAAAACUCCUUUAUGGCGUAGAACCCCUGAUCGUGCUCAUUCUCUCUGUAAUGCCUGUGGUCUCUAUUAUAAACAAUAUAAUAUGCAUAGACCUCUUCAUAUUCGUCAAAAGCAUCAGGCUAAUCAAAACAAUAAACACCAGAUUGAUCUUUUCCUAACCACUCAGGAAACUGAAGAGUCAAAAGCAAGUGGAGAAAAGGAAGAGGAACAAACAUCUUAUCAAGAAGGAAAGCGUUGUCAUCAAUGUUUUCAAACAAGUUCUUCAUGGUAUUCAAAUAGUAUGGGUCAAGACAUUUGUGGUGCUUGUAAAUUAUAUGAUCAUAUGCAACAACAGACUAUUACUACUACUACUUCACCUACUAUUGGUCAAAAGAGACCUUGUGACACUAUUUUGUUACAGGAUGAAGAUCAAAAAGCUCGUCAAAAACUUUGUUUAGAUCAAAAGCCUUUCCCUUCCUCCAUCGUUAUGCCUACUACUACUACUACUACUAAUAAUAAUAAUAAUACUACUACUACUAUUGCCUUUCCAUCUCUUCCUCCUACACCACCUUCUGAAGAUCAUACUAAUUAUCAAAAUGACGAUACAAGGUUUAGGUCAUUAAUUAGUCGUAUGUCUACUCAUCAAAUGCAAAGCUUUCUGAUUAUGUUGGAAAGAAGAUGUGCUAUUCUUCGUUCAAUUAUUUAUUCUGAUGAUACUUUAGAUUCAUAACUUUUUUUUUUCUGUACAAUUAAGAAAAAAAAAAAAAAAGAACAAAAACAAAAACAAAA